CAAUUACUCCAACUCAUGUUGUUUCAAACCCACAUGACUUUCUUUGUUCUGUGCAACAACAGAUUAUGCUAGCAGCCUCAUUUACUUUCAUUGCAUGUUUUUUUUCCCCAUACAGUGAAAGUGAAUGGUGACUGGAAAUGCCUUUCUUCUUAACAUCUAUGUUUCAUGAAACAAUGUCCUACAAGUGUGGAACAAAUAAUGCUGACAAUUUUUUGUUUAACAUGUUUUCCUACACUACCAAUCAAAAAUUUGGGACCCCACAACUAUCAAUUCUACCAUCCUAUGCAGCUACGCAGUUCCGGUUAAACGUCAAAUUCGGGCUGUUUUUUUUAGCAGCAGGACACAGACCGCACUGACUGGUCUCCAACAGAAGUGGACCCUUCCAGGGAACAGGCUACAAAAAUGUCUUUCAUAUUUGAUUGGCUGUACAGAGGAUUCAGCAGUGUGUUACAAUUAUUAGGACUCUAUAAAAAGUCUGGGAAAUUAGUUUUUCUCGGAUUAGACAAUGCCGGAAAAACAACAUUGUUGCACAUGCUUAAAGAUGAUCGACUUGGGCAACAUGUUCCAACACUUCACCCUACAUCUGAAGAACUGACUAUUGCCGGAAUGACUUUCACAACAUUUGACUUGGGUGGUCAUGCUCAAGCAAGAAGGGUUUGGAGGAAUUAUCUUCCGGCAAUAAAUGGGAUAGUGUAUCUUGUUGACUGUGCUGAUCAUGAACGCCUACUAGAAGCCAAAAUUGAGUUGGAUGCCCUCUUAACUGAUGAAACCAUCUCCAAUGUGCCAAUCCUUAUUUUGGGGAAUAAAAUCGACCGUCCAGAAGCAAUUAGUGAAGACGUGCUGAGAGGAAUGUUUGGUCAUUAUGGACACACCACAGGAAAGGGGAAUGUAUCACUGAAAGAACUCAACCUGAGGCCAAUGGAAGUCUUUAUGUGCAGUGUGUUGAAGAGACAAGGAUAUGGAGAAGGUUUUCGAUGGCUUUCAGAGUAUAUUGAUUAACUUAUUCAAUGUUUAUUCAUUCAAAACCCAUGUAUCUUUAUUUAUUAAUUGAUUAUUUAUUUUAUUUGUAUUAAUUAUAAAUUAUUAAUUGAUAUAUGUGUGUUAUUUGAGCCUAUAAAAUCCAGCGUGGUGAUAGAGAAGUAUCUGAGAUAUGCAUUAAUUCAAGCUACAGUAGCAAUUACUUAUGUAAGUCAUGUUUACCUUAGCAGUAGUUUAUGCUGUAUGCCUUUUCUAAAAGCAGGGAUAGAAAUAGUUUGCUUUAACAGUUGACUGAGUUGGGUUAUUUUAAGAGAUGGCAUUCAGUUACAAAACACUUUUUUUCAAUCCAGUGUCAUGGUAAUGGUAAACAUACCAUUGAACAUUUGAAUCAAGGACUUUUAAUCAGGGGAAUAUCACUUGUGCUGUGAAAAUUCUGAUGUGAAAUCAUCAGAUGAUACAGAAUCAGUGUUUUUGUUUUCAUGUUACAUUACCUCAGUGCCUUAAUGUUGGUGCUUUUUUCUAGUUCUGUAGCCUAUUUCCCAGUUCAAAAGAAAAACUUCUGAAGUGAUUUGGUGUGGAUUGCCAAUGUAUACAUGCUUGCUUAUCAAAAGUACCUGAGAUUUAAAAUGAAAUGUAUAUCUAAUAUUUAAAAGUACAAGUGUUUGAUUUGUAUGUUGUAUUUUGAUACUUUUAAGACUGUGCUUAUGUAGCACUCAGUGCCAGUGAUGUGUCUACAUUAGCCUGUUUCAACACUAAACUACCUGU